UCACCUGGAUUGGGGAAUCAACACCAGGUAAAGUUUUGUGCCAAGGUACCUUCGUUUAUCACUGGUGUGGGAGGGGGAGGAGGAAGGUCUGUUGUGGAUUGGUCGCAACUUCAAACACCGUCUGUAAAUGUUUGAAUUGUGCGUGAUGUUGUGAAAGUCAAUUGACGGACAGCAAGCGUGGCUGUAGUUGGCGUUCACGCAUUGGAGCACUGUCACAGUAUGGAAGGAUUGUCACAGAUAACUGAUACAAUAGAUCUCCAUUCAUGGUUCAGUGAAUCCUUGAACCGCCAUCGGGUGUAAACACUGGAGUGUCACUGAUUGAUAAUCUCACUAAUUGUUUCCAAGUUCACUCUAGUUCACUGCGGUUCACUGACUCACCAAGUGGCUAGUAAAAGACACAGGAGUGUUGUAUUGAUGGCUGUUGAAUUUUAGAUGGUAAAGGGAAGGAGUUAGUGUUGCUGCUGCUGGAGUGUGCCUGCCCCCCAGGACUGUGCACCAGGAGAUAGGAGUCAUACACUGUACCGGUGGUAGUAAAACACCAGGAGGACAGGCCCUGGACACAUUCAUAACAGGAAUAGUUAGGUUUCUAUCAAUCAGUGGAGUUUACUGAGGGGUGUUUACGACUACUAGGACCUGUGUUGACAGCUAGGUGUCACACUGACCAGCAAGGCUUUCAGGUUCAGAAAAUCCCCAGACCUCACAAAGUAUGCAGCUUAUGAGAACUGCAGUGGAUGUGAGUGUACCUCAACAAGGCAGGACAUAAUCUGUGAGGCUGGGACUAACAGACAGAAGAGGGCCAAGGAAAAUGGCCGAUAUCUGAACAACAAAGUUUGGAACUUUCCUGAACAGCGGAUUAUCAGCAUUUUUCUUGAGUGUGGAAGUGGUGGUGAUUCAGGAUUGAGGAUUAACUGUCAGAUUACAGUCUUGGAAGUUGUGACCAAGUUUACCGAAAGUUGUGUCAAUCGGUUUUGGAUAGAUCUGAUACCCAUCACAGUGCUGGCUGGACUUCAUGAUCUAUGAUCCCAGGUCUUACUGGAUCUAUACUUCAAACAAAGGUUUCCAAGAUGUCUGCCUGGUUACUUCCUGUGGACAGGCACAGCUUCCUGCAGACAGUUCAACAUAUCCUCUACAUCUGUGUAACUCUUCUCCUCUCAGAAGGGGUGAUGGCCCAACAGAGGUUUAUCAUCGAACCCCAGGACACAAGUGCAAUUGAGGGAAGUACUGCCAUACUGAAGUGUAAAGUAGCCAAUAUGGUGGGUGGCCUUCAGUGGACCAGGGACAACUUUGCUCUUGGGAUGGACAGAAAUCUGCCAGGAUUCCCUCGAUAUCAGAUGAUUGGCGGACAAACACAAGUGGGGUCAGAGACUAUUGGUGAGCACAACUUGAAGAUCACAGAAGUCAACCUGGAGGAUGACGCUGAGUACCAGUGCCAAGUUGGCGCCACAGAAAAUGUCCAGGGGAUACGCAGUCAUACAGCUAAGCUAAAUGUUUUAUUACCCCCAGACAGACCCCGGAUAGAGAAUGGGAUGAGGGUUGCAGUGGUAGUUGGCCGCCUAGCCAAUAUUACCUGUCGUGCCAACAACGGCAAACCUUCUGCAACCAUCACCUGGCAUAUGGAUGGGCAGCGCUUGACAGAGAUGAUCUAUUCCAGAAGUAUUCCAAAAGUAAAUGACAAGCGGGUAGAUUCUGUAGGAAUUAUCACCAUCAAUGCAACCAAGGAUGAUGAAGGCAGACGGAUAGAGUGCAAAGCUGAAAAUGAGGCUAUGGUGUUACCCUUUUCAACUUUUGCCACCCUGGAUGUGCAGUAUCCACCUUACAUCACCAUGAUGACCAACCUGUCCCGCACAAUACGUGAAUACGACUACAUCCGUAUCUUCUGCAGGGUUGAAGCCGCAAAUCCAAGGGGAAUUACUUGGAGGUGGCUGAGGAAUGGUCGUAUCCUGCAUGGGGAGACUCGAGAUGUCCUGGACAUUCCCUCCAUUUCCCGAGCCUACCACCAGAACACCAUCACCUGUGAAGGAAGCAACCCAGUGGGCAGCACCAGGAAGAACAAGGAGCUCAAUGUAGAAUUUGGACCAUUGUUUGUUGGUGAUCCACAACAUACAGCCGUCAAUCUGAACCAGCCAGCCACCCUGAGGUGUGAUGCUACUGGCAACCCCCCACCCAGCAUCAUCUGGACAAAGAAAGGGUCCCUGCAUCCACAGGGCAGUUCUCCUGAGCUUAGGAUUCCCAAGGUGGGGGAAGGGAAUCUCGGGGUGUAUGUCUGCACAGCCAAUGUCCUUGGAUUCAACUCUAUAAGCAGGGAGAUAUAUCUCCUACAGAAUGCCCCCCCUACAAUAAUGAGUGAGGUGAAGCAGUAUGCUGUAACAGGGGAGAACGCAGAAGUGGAAUGUAUGGCUAUGUCCGUUCCCAAACCCGACAAGAUCAUCUGGAUGAGGGAUGGUAUUCCUAUUAACUAUGCUACCUCUGGCAGGUUCUCAGCGAUGGAGGAGGAUCUACCAUAUGGGAGAAAAAGCACACUUCAGAUCAUUAAUGUUAAUGAAGAAGAUUUUGGUGAUUAUAACUGCAGCGUCAUCAACAACUACGGAAAGGAUGUAGCAGUCAUACACUUGAUAGAAAAAGCUGUUCCACCCUUGCCAAUCAUCAUCGGCGGUGCUGUGGGAGGCUUGGCUGUGCUGUUCAUUAUCAUUCUGGCCUGUGUGUUAUACCAUCGCUACAAGAGUGCAGAGACAGGCAGCGUAUUGGGUUCCUACACAGACACGGACAGCAGCACCGACAAGAAGCGUGAGAAGUCGGACUCGCCGUCCACUCUGAUGGACCAGUGGAGGCAGGACUACAACAAGGAUCUUAACAGAUACUCAGCUGACUAUGAUGAGGUGCUUUACGCAGGAAAGGAUCCGAAGGGAAACAACAAUCAAUAUCGAGUCAUAGACCCUUUCUCCAAUGAAAACGUGUAUCGGGACACCAGUCAGAUAUUUGGUGGAGAAUAUACAAGUCAGUCAGAUGACGUAGGGUCCGACAGGUAUGGACCAGCAUAUAGUGGACAGUAUCCAUUAAGUAGUUUCCGUGGUGAUUAUGCAGACUCAAGGCUACCUCCUGCCUGUUUAAGUACGACGAAACUGGCAACAAAUGUGUAGAUGUGUGCACAAGGACUCUACCAUCAAUGGGAGGAACAUGUUCACUCGAUACACAAAUACCAUGGUAACACAAACUGUCAUACCAUACUUUGUGGCAACAUUUUAUACAACUUUGUAUGGAUCAUGCAUCAAUAUGGAAUCUAAUUCCAUUCCAUUUUAUCAGCAGCAUUUUUAACAUGUACAGGCAUCUGUCCAGGACUGGAUGCUGGAUAAACUGGAGGCUUUCCAUAAGUCUAUUGCACAACUAUGAGAGUGUAUUAAGUGAUCACCAUUUAUCUGUCCUCUGCCUGCUGUAGCAGCCCUGUAGCACAGCAUCUGCAUCACCACUCCUAAUGCACUAGUCAUGUAUAUUCAGCUUGCCUUCAUCAUUCUGGGACAAGUGAUGCAAAAGUUAAUCCAAGAUCAAUGCAAAAGACAAUGAGCCUUAUUAGCCUUGCCAAGCUAUGUGUACAAGAAUGUGAGCUCUAGAUGCUGGAGGAGAGCUCAUGCACAGCUGCUGUACCAAAGUUGGUGGGAAGGAUGUUCACACAAAGGAAGACAGUAUGUGUGCACCUACUCUGUGUGGAUAACUGAAUAGAAUCGUUCUGGUGCUGUUGAAGUUGCAUUUGAUAUUGUUUCCCUUGAGUGUGGAAUGGAGGAACCAGGGGGAGAAGGUGUUGUACGGGCUGAAGGUGGAAGAAAUAAAGUGACUGAACUUCUUCUAAACAAUGUCCACAAUAGUCAGUAAAUGUUAAGCACAGUGAAUAGAGCUGAGCACAAUGUGUGUGUGAUAGCAGUGCUUCUGCUAUGGCAGUUGAGCCUGUAAAGAUGGUUGUGUUGCAAGUAUAAGUUAUGUGGAAAAUGAAGUGUUUCUGUAACUGAAACCUGAUGUAAAUAUGUGAGGUACAUGGGGGAUAUUGGCCACACUGUUAGAGACCUUGGGCACUGGCUAUGUUAACAUAACAGUUUAAUGUAAUCUAUCAUGUUGGCCACUGUGUACUAUGUAUACCUUCUGAAGCCAAGAACUCACACAGGAAAAUGGAGUCUGUGGAGGACAUCAGGUACAGAUGUUCAAGGAGUCUGAGGACAUCAGGUACAGAUGUUCAUGGAGUCAGAGGACAUCAGGUACAGAUUUUCAUGGAGUCUGAGGACAUCAGGUACAGAUGUUCAUGGAGUCUGAGGACAUCAGGUACAGAUGUUCAUGGAGUCUGAGGACAUCAGGUACAAAUGUUCAUGGAGUCGGAGGACAUCAGGUAUAAAUGUUCAAAGAGUCGGAGGACAUCAGGCAUAGAUGUUCAAGGAGUCAGAGGACAUCAGGCAAAGAUGUUCAUGGAGUCUGUAUGGUAAAGUGUGAUAUGUCCAUUCAAAGCACUUGACAUGUUCCAGGAAUAGGAACCUAUUGUUUGUGUGAGGAAUCUAGAAGUAUAUGCCAUUAGAAGUGUCACACCUUCUUCUGCUUAAAAUGUAUAGCAUUAUUGUUAGGAAAGCAGAUGACCAAGUAAGAUGUCUAAUGUGGAAGUGAAGAAACUGUGAGAUGAGAGUCCAAAUACCAUUGACUGUCACACUAUAUUCUGCAUGAAGAUGUGCCAAGGAUGUCACUUGAGGCUCUGACACUGACAUCACACUUUCAAUUUCUACAUGAACAUUUGCAUAUUAUUGUAUUCUCCUUGUUAACAGAAUGUAUUGUAAUCUUCACAACUACAGUAUCACAUAUCAAAAUAUACGUAGCUAAAAUACAUUUGUCUCACUGUAGGAACGUUCCCGUGCCUAGUCCAUGUACAUCUGUCUUACAACAGGAACGUCCAUGUACAUCUGUCUCAAUACAGGAAUGUUCCUGUGCCUAGUCCAUGUACAUCUGUCUUACAACAGGAACGUCCAUGUACAUCUGUCUCAUUGCAGGAACGUUCCUGUGCCUAGUACAUGCAGAUCAGUCUUACAACAGUAACGUUCCUGUGCCUAGUCCAUGUACACCUGUCUUACAACAGGAACGUUCCUGUGCUAGUCCUUGCACACCUCACCCAGUUAUGUGUGUCUCUGUCUUCACUCUGGUAGGGGCUGAUAAUGAUGUGAAACAUUGUGAAUUAAUAUUUAUUAUCUGUGUAAAUAUGUAAAUGUGUAGACUUUAGGGGAGGGUCUAUGAGGUGAUUGUUUCCCUUUUCAAUACCUGCGUGUGUCUGGCCGUGCAAGUAUAGCCCACUGUUUGUAGCUCUGUUACACCUUUGUUUUAUUUCAUGCUGAUCAUCAUUGCUUUGUGACAUUCAACAAGCUAUCUUCAUAUUUUGUUGUUAUUGAUUUUCUGAUAUAUUAAGGAGUUGUUUGAUUCAUUCACUGGCCAUCAAUAUACAUUGCUUUGUAUAUUUGUGUUACUUUGUGUUUCCCUCAGUAUUUUCUCCCCACAAGGGUUUUGUUCUGACCUGGAGAUCAAGGGUUGGCACUGUCUGCAGUCUCCUGGACCUGCUAUAUUUAUAUCCUGCUUUCUCUCUGCCAUUUCUAGGUUUGUGUGUCAUGUAUCCUAUGUUACUGACUAUCACUGAUUGGUGAAUAUGUUUAUUUGCUCCCCUCUAAAUGUAUGCAAGGCUGUGUGUGUCUGGUGGACUUCUGUGUACAGUCUUGUUUAUCCUUCCUUCCUUCCUUCCAUACAGUUGUCAUGUUACCCAAUACCCUAGGUAGACACUUGGUAACUGGUCAAGGCUUCUUUGUAUACCAUUGACUAGUGACAGCCCUUGACAUAUCAAACAUGUCAUAUGCUGAUGUCAUACCCUUGAAAUAUCAAACAUGUAUGUUGAAGACAGAGGUUUCUGCAGCCCACACCCUGGGACCACUCCAUACAUCUCUGCAGGACACUAUACCAUCAGAGAUCAUUCAGGGUGUAGGCCCAUACAUAGACACACCCUGUCCCAGGCUUGGACUGAACUGCUGCAGCAGGACAACCCACACUAUCAGGGUACUCACACAUGCCAUCACUUUUGUAUCCAUAGCCCAUGGGGAUCAUCUGGAUAUACAAGAAAUAGCAGUCAUACGAACUUUAGAUGAACAUGAGAUAGAUCAGACAAAACAAUGUUUCAAAUUGUUUGUUGUGUCUGCAUGCUGUUUGUUUUGCAUCUAGACAAGAAAAGCUGAUACUUUCACUUAUGACAUAUCGAAAAUCAAAUUUGCAGAAUAAACUCACACAAACAUACAAACUGGAAAAACAUCUCAAAGAGCUUUUGUACUUAAGAUCACAUUUGUUGCAAAGACAUAUUGAUAAGAAAGGUAGGGUUCUUUAUGAAUGACAACUAGUACAAUAUACUUUUUUUAUAAAUGCCAAUCAAAUAGAAGAAAUAUUCUUCAAUCACAUCAACAGAUAACAUUCAAUAGAUAUUAUCUACUUAACAGAUCACAAAAAACCUUUUUCCUUACCAAAAUAGCACAUGACAGAUUCCACUGGGUAUCACACACAGGAUCUAAUAUAUAAAAAAAAACUGUCAUGAUGGAUACACAAAUAUAUGACACCAUCAACACAUACCACAACAGAUAGCAUAGCUGAAAAACACUAAACCAACAUAUCACAGCCAUUCAGGAACACACCAGACAUAUCUAAACAUGUUUCCUUAAUGGCUGAUCAAAUCACAGGUAACAUAUUGUAGUGAGAAGGUCAUUGGAUUUCGCCAAGGUCACAGAGAAGAUUAUUAGGUAAAUCCGGAAUAUUUUUGUAUGAAAUUCUGUCAUCAGUACCUUUAUGUACAGUAAUGUAUCAUUGAAAAUUAAUAUAUUGUUCAUUGUAUUUCUCUGAUAGCUUGUUUUAUUGUAGAUAUUUUGAAUGUGUGCUCUGACAGCGAUAAGUGAUGACAUGAACUAUCCCUCGUCAUCUAAUCAUGUGCAAUUUGAUAAUGAAAUAAAUGAGAUUUUGUACAUAA